AUGGCGCCAGUACUGAUUUCAGCCUUAGAAGCAGAUUAUAUACUUCGAGGUAUCGAUGAUAACCUUCGCGCUGACGGAAGAGGACGCCUUGAUUAUCGGGAAGUUGUAUUAGAAACUGGCCUUAUUACUCAGGCGCAUGGUAGUGCUAGGUGUAGACUAGGAGAAGGAACUGACGUACUAGUUGGCGUGAAAGUUGAUAUUGGAAAUGUGGACAUUGAUGGAGCUGACGAAGACGUAGCAACACUAAAGGCAAAGAGGGGAAGGGUAGUAUGUAAUGUAGAAUGUUCUCCGAUUGCAUCACAGCAGUUUGCAGGAAGAGGCGCUGAUGAUAUAAAUAAUGAACUCACACAGAUGAUGUCUCGCGUUUUGAAUGGUCCACAGGGUGGCCUAAACCUCGAAAAAUUAUGUAUUAUUCCAGGAAAAGCUUGUUGGAUUGUCUAUGUUGACGCUUUGGCAAUCAUACAUGAUCUUGGUGAUGGUGAUGUAGAAUUCGAUUUGUCAGAUGAUGUAGAAGAGUGGGAAAGGAUUGAAGGUUGGGAACAAGUACCAAUUUCUGUUACCCUAAAUAAGAUUGGUUCUCGCCAUAUUGUUGAUGCAACGCCAUUGGAAGAACUCACCACCGGUGCGAAAUUGCACGUAAUGGUUAACAGGAAUGGUAAAAUUUGCGGCUUACAGAAAAGUGGAAGCGGUAGCAUUGAACAUAGUCUAUUGGGUGAGAUGGUUCAGACUGGACGAUCAUUAGGACAAAGCCUAAUAAACAGUUUGGAUAAGAUGCUUUAUCAGGAAGAAUAUGAUAUAAACGAGAAACGAAAACGAAAUACACCUAUAGAGAAACUUGGAUUCUUUGCAGCUAUCUAA